CGUAUAAAGGCCCGGCACCCCACCCCUCCCCCUCCCGGACGGGUGCCUGGGUUUCUCCCCUUUCUUUGCCCUCGCCAUUUUGUUGGUUGCGAGCGGAUCGGCGGCGGUGUGGGCUCUUGAGUUGUGAGCGACCCGGCGGCCUUGUCACAGUCAGUCCGCGGCAUCUACACCGUCCCGGUACCGGCGCCCGCGGAGGAGCCGAGCCCUUCUCCCUUCCCUCCGUUACUGCCGUACGGGUGCAGCCCGGCGUCUGUCAGUCUCAUGGAACAGCCCAUGGCGGCCGUGGGCUCCGAGGAGUUUCCCGAAGGGGCCAAGAUAAACGCCAGCAAGAACGAGGAGGACGAAGGAAAAAUGUUCAUUGGGGGUCUUAGCUGGGACACAAGCAAGAAGGAUUUGACAGAUUAUUUGUCCAAGUUCGGUGAAGUUGUGGACUGUACCAUAAAAAUGGAUGCAGUGACUGGUCGAUCAAGAGGAUUUGGUUUUGUACUGUUCAGAGAACCUGCCAGUGUGGACAGGGUGUUGGAACUGAAGGAACACAAGCUUGAUGGGAGGCUUAUUGACCCGAAAAGAGCCAAGGCAAUAAAAGGCAAGGAGACAGCUAAGAAAGUGUUUGUUGGGGGCCUAAGUCCUGAUGUACCAGAAGAAAUGGUUAAGGACUACUUUGGAGCAUAUGGAGAGAUUGAAGGCAUUGAACUUCCAAUUGACAACAAGACUAAUGAGCGGAGAGGAUUCUGUUUCAUCACAUUCAAGGAAGAAGAGCCAGUGAAAAGGCUCUUGGAAAAUAAGUAUCAUAAUAUAGGCUCCAGCAAGUGUGAAAUUAAAGUGGCGCAGCCCAAGGAAAUCUACAGACAACAGCAGCAACGAGGAGGCAGAGGUGGAGGUGGGUUUGGUGGAAGAGGUCGUGGUAGAGGGGGACAAAAUCAGAACUGGAACCAAGGAUACAACAGCUACUGGAAUCAAGGUUAUAGUAGUUACAACAAUGGCUAUAGCAAUCCAGGUUACAAUGGAUAUGGAGGUUAUGAUUACUCUGGGUAUAACUACAACAACUACGGAUAUGCUCCAGCAUAUGAUACCUACAAUACAAAUGUGCCUCCUGAUGGUCAAUCAAGGAACGGCAUUGAUGGUCGUGGAGAAGUCUGCGGCCUGGACUGCCUCACCCUCUCUGCUGAAGGAGGCUGUUUAGAGGCAAGUGGCCAGGUCAGCAGAGCAGCUACGGAAAGGCAUCUAGAGGAGCAGGCAGUCACCAGAAUAACUACCAACCAUACUAAAGAAAAAAUUAUUUAGUUGUUUCAUUGCAGCGGGAACUUCAUUGCAGGACACGUGUCACCCUGACCACACGAUUCUCUUGGGGCCGCGCAUUGCGGACAGAACGUGAGGUGUGCUCGUGAAAAUGCUGCCCUGUGGUAUGGUCUCUUCCAACAUGUAUCAACGUUAAAGAUAAACUGGAAAACUUCAGACUUUGUCUUCAGUCUUCUUUGUGUAUAUAUCAUAUAUAACAUUGGAUAAACAUUUCUUACAGGCAUUUGUUUUUUAAUGGAUAAUGACUUACUGCAUAAUUAAUUCAGUAUUCUUUAUUUGGUAACAUCUUGUAUUUCAGUUAUGGAUCUUCAGUGUGGUAAUUUUAUUUAAAAAUAUAUUCAAUGCUUUUUUUUUGUUUUGUUUUGUUUCUUCAUAGCUCUGUGAUUCAAAUAACCAAACAACAUCAAGCAAGCUGUAAAAUAUUUUGGUUUGUCUGGGUUAAAUGUGUCAGACUUGAUAAUUCAGGUCUGAUGUCUCUUGAUCUGCUGCAGUAAAAUGCUUUCCUGUGCGCAGCACCAUGAAGUAUUGCCAAGUGUGUGUUAUAAUAUGUGAAACUGUGCAAACUACUUUCUUAUUCUAAAACAUUUGUACUUUCUCCUAGGUGGAGAAUUGGAAGUAUAAACAUCAGUAUAACAGAAGAUAAUGUCAAGAGAAAAUGUUAAACCUGAGAGCAUCAGUGUUUUCCUUUGGGACUUUUGUACCACAUGAAAUCUGAAGUUGACAUAUUUUGUGUCCCAAAUGUAUAUAGCAUCUAAACGUUUUUAAGUUAUAUAGUUACUUUGCUUUGUACGACUUGAGAACUGCAUUCCUUAACAUCUGUGUAUUGUGAUAGUAUAUAAUAAUGUUGCUACUAACUGGUGUGAUGGAACACAUGUUUGUCGCUGUACCCUGUUGUAUCUGCUGAAUGGCAUCUGUUGCUGAAAUAAAUGAGUGUGAAUGCUCAAA